GCAGGCUACACCCACAGACUAACAGCUAGAAGGACAGCAGAAGCCUUAUGGAAUAUCAGCGUUGCCUGAGAGAAGAAUAGAGAGUCACUGGCAACAGGACAACAUUCUGGGGAGCCUCUUUUGAGCAUCAAUAUGCCGUCCUUCUGCAGUUGGUCAGGUUGAAAUAUCACCAAACGCCUUCAGGUUGAAGCUCCCCCUGGUAGAAUCUGAGGGGCGAUGGGGAACACAGCCACUAAAUUCCGCAAGGCUCUGAUCAACGGUGACGAGGGUCUGGCCUAUCAGCUGUAUGAGGGGAGCCCCCAGUUUAAAGAGAGCCUGGACCCCAACACUUCAUAUGGCGAACCCUACCAGCACAACACUCCUCUGCACUACGCCGCCAGGCACGCCAUGACACGACUCAUCAGGUCCUUUCUCUUCAGUAAGGACGGCAACCCCAACAAGCGUAACGUUCACAAUGAGACGUCCCUCCAUCUCCUCUGUAUGGGCCCCCAGAUCCUAAUGGGGGAGGGGCCUCUGCAGCCGCGUCUGGCCCGGCCCGAGCUGGACGAGAUGAAGAGGUCAGAGUGUCUCCAGAUCAUCCUGAAAUGGACCGGAGCCAAGCUGGACCAGGGAGAGUAUGAGAACGCCAACGUCAACUCCACUGACAACAAGAAGAACACAUCGCUGCACUACGCAGCCGCCUCGGGGUUGAAGAAGUGUGUUGAGAUUCUAGUAAAUAGGGAAGCAGAUCUGUUUGCGGAGAAUGAGGACCGUGAGACGCCGUGUGACUGUGCAGAGAAGCAGCAUCACAAGGAGCUGGCCCUCAGCCUGGAGUCUCGGAUGGUCUUCAGUCUGGCCCCAGAGAGCAUAGAGGCAGAGUACACUGCUCUGGACCACAGAGAGCUAUACGAGGGUCUGAGGCCUCAGGAGCUGCGUCGUCUGAAGGACAUGCUGAUAGUGGAGACGGCAGACAUGCUGCAGACCCCUCUCUUUACUGCUGAGGCUCUGCUUAGAGCACAUGACUGGGACAGAGAGAACCUGCUGGAGGCCUGGAUGUGUAAUGCUGAGGAAUGCUGCCAGCGGUCUGGGGUCCACAUGCCCAGUGCUCCUCCUAGUGGGUACAACGCCUGGGACACCCUGCCGUCCCCUCGUACCCCCAGGACCACCCGCUCUUCCAUCACCUCCCCUGACGAGAUCAGCCUCUCCCCCAGGGACGACGAUAGAACACCGUGUGGUAUCUGUAUGUGCCCCCUCUCUAUCUUCGAGGAACCGGUUGACAUGUCAUGUGGUCACGAGUUCUGCCGAGCCUGCUGGGAAGGGUUUCUGAAUCUGAAGAUUCAGGAAGGGGAGGCUCACAACAUCUUCUGCCCGGCGCACGACUGCUUCCAGCUGGUUCCUGUGGAGGUCAUAGAGAGUGUCGUCUCCAGAGAGAUGGACAAGCGCUACCUGCAGUUCGACAUCAAGGCGUUUGUGGAGAACAACCCAGCUAUCCGCUGGUGUCCCAAGGCGGGCUGUGAGCGGGCGGUGCGUCUCUCAUCCCGGGGUCCAGGUAGCAGCUCCUCGGACCCGUUCAGUCUACCUCUCCUCAGAGCGCCCGCUGUGGACUGUGGCAAGGGACACGUGUUCUGUUGGGAGUGCCAGGGAGAAGCCCAUGAACCAUGCGACUGCCAGACAUGGAAGAUGUGGCUGGCUGAAGUUACUGAGAUGAGACCCCAGGAAUUGGCUGGUGUGAGUGAAGCCUAUGAAGAUGCAGCCAACUGCUUGUGGUUACUGUCAAACGCCAAACCCUGCGCCAACUGCAAGUCUCCUAUUCAGAAGAACGAAGGCUGCAACCACAUGCAGUGUGCUAAGUGUAAGUAUGACUUCUGCUGGAUCUGUCUGGAGGAAUGGAAGAAACACAGCUCCUCUACUGGAGGUUACUACCGCUGUACCCGCUAUGAGGUCAUCAACCAGGUGGAGGAGCAGAACAAAGACAUGACUGUGGAGGCUGAGAAGAAGCACAAGGGAUUCCAGGAACUGGACCGCUUCAUGCACUACUACACACGCUUCCAGAACCAUGAACACAGCUACCAGCUGGAGCAGCGCCUGUUGAAGACAGCCAAAGACAAGAUGGAACAGCUGAGCAGAGCCUUGAGUGGACGAGACGGAGGCCCACCUGACACUACGUUCAUUGAAGAUGCUGUACUGGAGUUGCUGAAGACGCGUCGCAUCCUCAAGUGCUCUUACCCCUACGGCUUCUUCCUGGAGAUCAAAUCCACCAAGAAAGAGAUUUUUGAACUUAUGCAGACUGACUUGGAGAUGGUGACAGAGGACCUAGCUCAGAAAGUCAACCGUCCUUACCUCCGAACUCCCCGUCAUAAGAUCAUCCGAGCGGCCUGUUUGGUGCAGCAGAAGAGACAGGAGUUCCUGGCCUCCGUCGCCCGGGGGGUGGCCCCCAGCGACUCCCCAGAGGCCCCUAGACGCAGUUUUGGAGGUGGAACGUGGGACUGGGAGUAUUUGGGCUUUGCAUCUCCUGAGGAGUAUGCAGAGUUUCAGUACCGGAGGAGACACCGGGAUCGUCAGCAGAGGAGACAGAGAGGGGACAUUCCCCAUCUUGACGAGCAUAGCGACAGCACUUUAGACACACAGGAAAUGGGAGGUGGGCGAAGACCUGGUCCCCCCAUGGGCUCAUUGGACGAGGACGAUCCCAACAUCCUAUUGGCUAUCCAGCUGUCACUCCAAGAGUCUGGGUUGGCGACGGCCGGGGACACUCCAGAGUUGUUGUCCAAUGAGGCGUCCCUGGGGGCCAUCGGCACCUCCCUCCCGUCCAGACUGGACGCGGAGUCCCAGAGGGUGGAGGUGGGGCCCCGGGGAGCCGUCAGCAGCCAGCGGCUCUAUGAAGGGGUUCCAGGGGUCUAUGCGUUACACCACCACCACUCAUCCCAGCAGCACUACAGCUACCACAAUCUCAACCCGUUCAGGGAGCCUUCUUCAGGCCAGGCUCUGUUCUCAUCCUCCAGUGGUACUACGGACUCCACUACCACCGCAUCAACAGGGCUCCAGGACCCCUCACACCCAAACACCAACCUGCUGGGUAACAUCAUGGCCUGGUUCCAUGACAUGAACCCUCAGAGCAUCACCCUCAUCCCCUCCACCACCACCACCACCACCACCUCAGACACAGACCUAGACUUCAACAUGGCAGCACAGGCCACGGCCAACACGGCCUCCGAGGUGGAGGAGGAGGAGGUCCAAACUGACCUCCACCAGCCCCGUGCCAAGCCCCAGAAAGGUGAGGCCGAGCUGGGGGACGAUGUGGACUGUUUCCCCUUCCCUUCUCAGGGCCUGGAGGAGAAGGAGGCUGAGAGGGGGAGACCCACCCAUCUAGACCUGACGGUGGGGUCAGAGGUCAUGGCCCCGUCCUACAUGGUGACUACCGGGACAGGGGACCGGGCCGGGGAGAGGAUCGCUGGGGGUUACGUCGUUCACGUUGACACGCCCAUGUGUGACUCUGUGACCUCUGACCUUCUGCCUAGCACCAGCUCUUCAGAAUGGGAGGAGCAGAUACACCUUGUCUGAUUGGUGGGAAAAAUAAAAUCUUAAGUGGGGACGGAGGAGAUACACCUGGUCUGAUUUAUGAUUGGAGGAAAAUUCCGAGUUGGUGGAGCAAAUCCACUUGUUUAUGACUCUGAUUGGAGGAAACAUAUGAGAUGGGAGGAGCAAAGUCUCCUGGUCUGAUAGAAGACAGAAGCCUUCAGAGAGGUCAAACCACUGACAUGCAGAGAGAGAGAGGACCAAUCCUGACUGAGGGGGACAUUACCAAGUAGCCAGUGAUGGUGUUGUGGGGGGGAAUUUAAUCCUGACUUGAUUGUACUGUUAGGAGGAGAUAUAUGAUGAUGGAGUGUAUUUCUCUUUCCAGUGUUUACAAGUACACGUCAAACACUUGAUAGCUGGUCUAUACUGGCAUGAGAUUCCCUCCCCCCGGGGUGAACAACGGGCGGAGGACUGGAUGGACUCCUAAGAAGCGAGAUGGAAGGUGUUUGACAGGGUGUUAUUGGUAUUAUAUUAUUACCCACAAUGGAUAUUUGCUGAAAAAAGAAUGACGAUCAAUUUGCUUCUCUCCGAUGAUCUGUUUUAGAUUACAACAUGAGGUGAUUAUACUGCAUUAUUAUAGUGAAUACAUUUUGCAGGAGUUGUUGAUCUGGUAUUUUUUUUUGUUGAUAUUGAUGAUCCUAUUCUUAAAUGAUUGCCGCUGAAAUAUACUGUAUUGUGUUUGGACUUGGUUCUGAGGGAGGCUGUAGUCAGCUGUACAGGAGAGUUCUGUGGGAGGCUGUAGUAGGCUGUACAGGAGAGUUCUGAGGGAGGCUGUAAUCAGCUGUACAAGAGAGUUCUGAGGGAGGUUGUAGUAGGCUGUAUAGGAGAGUUCUGAGGGAGGUUGUAAUCAGCUGUACAGGAGAGUUCUGAGGGAGGCUGUACUCAGCUGUACAGGAGAGUUCUGAGGGAUGCUGUAGUCAGCUGUACAGGAGAGUUCUGAGGGAGGCUGUAGUCAGCUGUACAGGAGAGUUCUGAGGGAAGCUGUAGUCAGCUGUACAGGAGAGUUCUGAGGGAGGCUGUAAUCAGCUGUACAGGAGAGUUCUGAGGGAGGCUGUAAUCAGCUGUACAGGAGAGUUCUGAGGGAGGCUGUAAUCAGCUGUACAGGAGAGUUCUGAGGGAUGCUGUAGUCAGCUGUACAGGAGAGUUCU